UUUUUGACCAAUAGCUACAUAAACACAUAUUACAUUUUGUCCUUGUUGAUUGAGGAUUGUAUCUGUGGUUACUGCUGUUUUACUGGUCUGUCUCCAAUAAUUAAUUCUCAUUGAUGUCGGCAAGUGCAUAGCGCUCAGUAGCACGAAUCAAUGGCAAGAGAGAGAAUGUCCUUUCGUCCGGCUUGUUAUCAAAGAGAGUGAACCUCCUCGCUAGAGGUUCGCUCUCAUCGUCUUAACUCUCCUUAACUUCCUGAAAGCUAAAGUAAGCUAAAACAAGCUUUCCGUGUCAUUUUCCAUUUUUUAAAUGUUUUUUGAGAACAGAAAACAGUUUGAAAAAGCAAAAAACAAAGAAUGCCCUUAACAUUUGUUGGUCAUGAUGAGCUUGGGUUCCUUAUUACAUAUUCGAUUAGAUAUAUGGGACAUCCUGAUGGAAAAGUAGCUCGAGCCUCGCAUUCACUGUUUGUGGCAUUUGUGUCUUCUGGGAAGGACUCUAAUGAUGAUGAAAGAGUUUUACUAAAGGAGCAGCUUGUUUUUUAUUACAUUCAGACAUCAUUGGAGGGAUAUCCUGGGAUCACCCCUUUUGAGGGAAUGGCUUCUGGAGUUGUUGCCUUGGUUCGUCAUCUUCCCGCUGGAAGUCCGUCUAUAUUCUACACUAUCCACAGUCUUGUUGAAAAAACUCAUAACCUCUGCUGUGAAGUUAUGACUGAAGAGGCUGAUCUGUGGAAGAAUUGGCAAGAAGAAUUGGAGCCUUGUAAGAAAAUCCUAGAUUUGCUUUUAAGGCUUCUCUCCCUGGUGGAUAUACAGGUCCUACCCAGUUUGAUGAAACAGUUAGCUCAAUUGAUUGCCAUAUUCCCCAGAGAUGGCCAGAACAUGGUUCUUAAUGAUUUAUAUGCACAAGUUGCAGAAUCUGAUGAUGUUACACGAAAACCGACCUUAGUUUCAUGGCUGCAAUCAUUAUCAUACCUUUGUUCUCAAGCUAGUAGCAGUAAUGCGACAUCCAAAGGGGUGGGACUCGAAAUAAAUGCUGCUUUUGCUAGGAGUGAUGAUGUAUUAAGCUUGAAUAGAAUUAAUGCAAGGCUCUAAAAAUUAAGGUGUGAUCUUCAGUUAAUCCUCCUUUGUUUUUGUUGAGCUUAUUUUAUAUUAUCAUAGGCUGACAAAUUUAUUUCAAAGAA